UCGAGUGUGAAAUUAGGCAGAGUUACGCGUUCACGAAACGCAACUCAAAUUUUAAAUUCGAGUAAUAACUCGAGUCGAUGAGUUUUACCGACCCUUAUUUUCCCAUUACUCCAGUGUGAUUCUACAAUGCGGAUUCCCUCUGCUGACACUUCUUCCCGUUGGACCCUCCUUCGUGCCUCUCGCCUUGAGUUUUCACUCUGAAAAGCCCCGACGAUUCUCCGCAAAAGGCUUUCUGAAAAGCUCUGUCGCAAGUUCUCCCUGCUGCUCGAAUCGAAUCUCUGGUAUUAGAACCCAACUUGAAUCGCGGGAUCGUUGGGAAGAUCAGCAGUGGAAAAAGGUAAUCCCCCCAAUUUCCUCCAAUUUUGUCUUUGAUUGCUUGUUUAAUUCCGAACCCUAGAAAGAUUUUCCGCUCCUACCCUUGAAUUUUCAUCACGGAUCUUAUUGAUCCGACGCGAGGCUACCGGCGUACUCCUUUGGUGGUAAUACUGAGUCGAUGUAGAGGCAAACGCCGGAACCUCGCGCCGAAUCGUUAUCGCCGGUUCAGGCCUUACUGUUACCGGUGCCGUUAUCGGACUCCUUUACGAGGUGCCUCACAGUUGCGUUUGGGGGUUGUCCAAGCAUAUCAGCCGUUGUCCUCAACUGGUUCGAACACGAUGCCAAGAGGGAGAUCCGACGAUGAGUCCACUCUUCACUAGACAGAAAGGCAAAAAGAGGAGUUGCUUAUGCGAUUCGCUGCCUACAAUCGUACUUCUAACGGACGAAAGCCUGAUUCUAAAACCUGGGAGGAUUGGGCGAAAGAACUUCAAGACUUUUUCAAGGAUCAAGUGACCCUUGUGAAAGUGCAACAUAUGAAAGUCCGUCUAAAGGCCAAGUUUGAUCAUGAGCUAAUGCUACGCAAUAACACAGGACUGGGCUGGGACCCAGUGACCGGAGCCGUGAUGUGCACUGAUGAAUAUUGGAAAGAUUUUGCGAAGAACAAGAAAUGGGCAAAGGCGGCCAGGAAUCAGCCUCUUAAAAACUUUGACUUGUACUAUGAGGCGUUUGGUGGUAGGAGGGCAAGUGGGGGGUUCGAGUACGGGUUGGAUAAGCCAGCCAAUGAAGAGGAAAAUGCAGUCCCCAUUUCCGAUGACGGAGGGGCGACAUCUGGCUCACUAGGCAGUGAUGAUGGCUUCGUCAACACCAUGCGGGCUAGUUUGCACAAUGUAAGAGGUCUCAACAUCGCCACAUCAUGAAGGCCAUAGGCAAGAAAACAACCAAGUCCUCGCGCAGGGUGGCGGGUGAUCCGGAGGCCAAGGAAUUAAUUGGCCGACUUGUUUCUUCAGUCGAAAGCAAGCAUAGUAGCUGUAGCAACAGCUUCAGUGCCAAUCAGAUUUCGGCCACUAAUGCUCUCAUGCACCGGUGCCAAGAAAUAGUUAAGGAAAUGGCGCUUGAUGACGAAACCGCUGUCACAUUUUUGGAGGCCAUCGCGUGGUAUCCGAAUAUGCAGCAAAUUUUCGUUAAGAUAACAGAGAGUCAACGUGCCUUCUUCGUGACGAAGACAAUCAAUACGUCACGGAAUCAAACAGCUGCACAUUUCUCCACUCCAAACACAUAUAUGGGGGCGCAGUUCGUGUCGCCUCAAUUUCCCCACUUCAUGCCACCGGCCAUCAACUUCAUGCACCCCCCACUAAUAGUUGGACAACAACCCGCCCCCUUUAGUCAGUGGCCUCCAAACUUUGGGCGUCCCCAGGUCCCAAAAUUUUCAACUCUACCGCCGAACAUGCACCAACAUUUUGCACAAUUUCCCAACAAUCCCUAAAACAACAAUCCCCCACAGCCGCCCACCUACAAUCCAAGUACACCGUACUACGUGCCACAUUUUUCACCGCAAAGUGGCACAUUUGGUGGCAAAGAGUUGGCGGUCCCUGCCACAUUAUAAUCUUUAAUUAAUGGUCGUAUUCUCAUUUAUGUAUUCUUACUAUUGAACAAUUUCCAUUAAAAUGUUGCUACGGACUAAUGGAAGCGAUGGUAGUUACUUUUUUCCCACUAUAGCUGUGGUCACAUUGAGAUUGCAGUGUGGUGAUCAUGGCUAUUGAGUUGUACUUCUAUUGCAAUAUUUAUUGUUAGUGCGCUGAGCUUAUUUCUUCCAUAACAUGUUUAAUGCAUUGAACUACAUACAUAUAUAUUUUGUGUACUUAUGCAUUCGUCGCAGGAAGUCAUGUGGAAUCCAGGGCCAUCAUAUGUGGUUGCCGCAAAUGAUGACAUCGAUGACUCCGACGACGAGUAUGAGAUUGCAGCAUUUGCAAUUGUCUUAUGGUAUUACUACACAUAUAUGGAAAUACCUCUACCUCGACCAAAGCACAUG